AAACUAAGCAAAAGGCGAGAGGGGGAACAGUUCAAGCCUCCACUUUCUUGACAUCUCCUCCCCUUUUUCAAACCUGCAAAAUCCUUGAUUCUGAGUCGUUUUCCAUCUCGCUCUCCCUCUCUUUCUCUCUCUCUCUCUCUCUAACGGCUCUUUCUCAGUCCCGAAGGUGACAAAUCUUGCUGCCAAAUAAUUAUCCUUAUAUGGAAGUUAAAUAUAUGAAGAAAGGGAAUGUCUUUGCUUCUUUAACUGCCCCCAUAUGCAUCUCUCUUUCUUUCUCUCGCUCACAAGAAAUUGCAAUACAGUAGAUCACCAAGAAUAGUUGCCUAUCGGGUUAUUAUAGCUUUCAUUUUUCUCUCUACAGAUUUCACUUUCCAGCCACCCCUCUCUCUCAAAAAGAAGAACAAUGACUUCAACUACUUCCCCUAUUUAAUAGCUGUCCGACUUCAGUUUUCGGCUGCCACUCUCUCCGCUCCCCUCACCCCCUCUCUCUCUCACACACACACACACACACACACACAGGACUGCCAUCUUCCUCAAGUCGCAAUGCCAAUAAUGAGUUCUACACCAUGGAGAACUAUGGCCAUUGCGACUCUUCUGUUGCACCUGAGCUUUGCAGCAGAGGUUUAUUCUUCUGCAAUCUCUGAUAGAAUGACACGACUGCCGGGACAACCGCCAGUAAAUUUUCAGCAGUUCGCUGGAUAUAUUACAGUGGAUAGGAAGAGCGAAAGAGCUCUGUUUUACUACUUUGUUGAGGCGGAAACUGACCCUUCCUCUAAGCCUCUUGUCAUCUGGUUCAAUGGAGGGCCUGGGUGUUCGUCUGUGGGAGUGGGAGCUUUCUCGGAGAAUGGUCCAUUUAGGCCUAGUGGUAACAUUCUGGUGAGAAACGAGUACAGUUGGAACACAGAGGCGAACAUCUUGUAUGUGGAGAUGCCAGCAGGAGUUGGGUUUUCAUAUUCAAGAAAUAUGUCUGACUAUGACGGCAUGGAUGAUGAGAGAACAGCAAGAGACAAUCUAGCAUUUCUGCGACGAUGGUUCAUCAAGUUCCCCGAGUACAAGAACAGAGAACUCUUUAUUACGGGAGAGAGCUAUGCAGGCCACUAUAUUCCUCAGCUAGCUAAGCUCCUGAUUCGAACGAACAAGCAGCAGAAAGUGUUCAACCUUAAAGGCAUUGCUUUGGGCAAUCCACUUUUGGAGUUCUAUACUGACUUUAACUCCAGGGCGGAGUUCUUUUGGUCUCACGGACUGAUAUCAGAUCCUACAUACAGAAUUUUCUCACAGAGCUGCAGUUAUUCCCGGUACGUUAGCGAGUAUUACAGGGGAAAUGUGUCAUCAAUCUGUUCGCGAGUUAUGAGCAUAGUGGGGAGGGAGACGAGCAAAUUUGUGGACAAGUAUGAUGUCACUCUUGACGUCUGCAUUUCAUCUCUUCAGAUGCAAUCUCUAGUUCUGAAGCCCACGCAAAUUACAGAGAAGAUAGACGUGUGUGUUGAAGAUGAAACUGUCAACUAUCUCAAUAGGAAGGAUGUUCAGAGUGCUCUACAUGCUCGACUUGCAGGAGUCUCCAAAUGGGAAGUGUGCAGCAGCGUCCUGGAUUACAACAGGCUUAAUUUGGAGAUCCCCACUAUCUCACAUCUUGGAUCCAUCGUGAAGUCUGGCAUCCCAGUCCUGGUUUACAGUGGAGACCAGGAUUCAGUGAUUCCUCUGACGGGAAGCCGAACUCUGGUUCAUAGAUUAGCUGCUCGUUUAGGACUCAAUACAACUGUUCCUUACAGAGUCUGGUUUGAAGGGAAACAGGUUGGUGGGUGGACACAAAUCUAUGGGGAUAUGCUGUCAUUUGCCACCAUUAGAGGAGCUUCUCAUGAAGCUCCUUUCUCACAGCCACAGAGGGCCCUCGUGCUUUUCAAGGCAUUCCUGCAAGGAAGACCGCUCCCUGAAACUUUCUGAAGUUGGUGUGCAGAGUGCAGAGUGUUGGACUUUCAUUCUGAUCAACUGAUCAGUCUUUGAGCAAAUGGUAUGUGAGUGUGUGUGUGGAUUUGAGAAAGGUUUUGUCGCGAGGAAAUAAAACAAUCCAGAAGAUAUCAUUGCACUGGUUUCGUCAGGUGGUGUGGAAACCAAAAUGUCACGAAAAAGUUCCAAAGCUUAUCUGCCAAUGCAAAAUUUCAGAAUCCAGAUUCCUAACUGGGUCAAAAUUGUGUUCGCUCUCUCUCUCUCUUUCUCUCUCUCUCUCUCUCUCUGAGGUAGGUAGUUGCAACUUAUAACUUCUGAUCCAGUAACAUGGAAAGAUGAUGUACUAAUUCGAAUUCAAUUGCCAUUAAGUCGAGAACCUUUCAUUAUUC